AUGGUUUCAGUAGUAUACAGAAGUGCUCUCUUCUUUGUAGCAGUUUUUGUUGUAAACAUUCAUACAAGCCAAUGCUUGCUGAAUGACCUCCUUGGCCGUAGAGCUUCGUCGACAACUGUAACUAACACGAGAGAACAAUCCAAAACAGUUCGAAACAGCGGUCCCCAGAGAAAUGUGGGAAGUCUGACAGGUGAUUUGGCAAAUGGAAAUCCACUACCUAAUUUAGGUUCACUGACCGGUGGCUUGACCGACGAAAAUCCAUUGAACAAAGUAGGAGGAUUAGCCAACGGAAACCCACUCAACAAAGUAGAGGGAUUGACCAGCGGACCGACUAACAGAAAUCCAUUAAACAAAGAGGGAGAUUUGACCAAUGGUAAUCCACUCAGCAAAGUAGGAGAUUUGACCAAUGGUAAUCCACUCAACAAAGUAGGAGAUUUGACCAAUGGUAAUCCACUCAACAAAGUAGGAGAUUUGACCAAUGGUAAUCCACUCAACAAAGUAGGAGAUUUGACCAAUGGUAAUCCACUCAGCAAAGUAGGAGAUUUGACCAAUGGUAAUCCACUCAACAAAGUAGGAGAUUUGACCAAUGGUAAUCCACUCAGCAAAGUAGGAGAUUUGACCAAUGGUAAUCCACUCAACAAAGUAAGAGAUUUGACCAAUGGUAAUCCACUCAACAAAGUAAGAGAUUUGACCAAUGGUAAUCCACUCAACAAAGUAGAAGGUUUGACCAGCGGAUUAACAAAUGAUAACCCAUUAAAGAAAGUCGGGGAUCUGACAAGCGGAUUGACAAACGAUAAUCUAAAUGAAAGGCAAAACAGAAAAAAUGGUGAAAGACAAAAUCAAAAAUCAAUGCAGUCAGAAAGAACUUCGUCCACACAAGGACUUGACAGAACAAGAGAAAGAGUUCAAGAAGUAGAAAAUACUCAAGAAGGACAGCAAGCAGAUAAUGUUGGAAGAAGAGAUCGCAACAAUAGAAAUAGUCGUAACAGAGGUGGUGGAUCUAGUAAUGCAAGAAGUCAGUCGGGAAGAGGAACAUCAUCGAUGCAAACUUCUGUCAGUGAGAGAAAUAAUCAACAAGGUAUUAGAACGGCCGAAACAGAACAGGUAGAACGAAAUACUGUGGGAGGUCAGCAAGCAGAUAACGUCAGAGGAAGAGAUCGCAACAAUAGAAAUAAUCGUAACAGAGGUGGUGGAUCUAGCAAUGCAAGAAGUCAGUCGGGGAGAGGAACAUCAUCGAUGCAAACUUCUGAAAAUGAGAGAAAUACUCAACAAGGUAUUAGAACGACCGAUAGAGAACAGAGAGAAGGAAAUACUGUGGGAGGUCAGCAAGCAGAUAACGUCAGAGGAAGAGAUCAAAACAAUAGAAAUAGUCGUAACAGAGGUGGUGGAUCUAGUAAUGCAAGAAGUCAGUCGGGAAGAGGAACAUCAUCGAUGCAAACUUCUGUCAGUGAGAGAAAUAAUCAACAAGGUAUUAGAACGGCCGAAACAGAACAGGUAGAACGAAAUACUGUGGGAGGUCAGCAAGCAGAUAACGUCAGAGGAAGAGAUCGCAACAAUAGAAAUAAUCGUAACAGAGGUGGUGGAUCUAGCAAUGCAAGAAGUCAGUCGGGGAGAGGAACAUCAUCGAUGCAAACUUCUGAAAGUGAGAGAAAUACUCAACAAGGUAUUAGAACGACCGAAAUAGAACAGGUAGAACGAAAUACUGUGGGAGGUCAGCAAGCAGAUAACGUCAGAGGAAGAGAUCAAAACAAUAGAAAUAGUCGUAACAGAGGUGGUGGAUCUAGCAAUGCAAGAAGUCAGUCGGGGAGAGGAAUAUCACCGAGGCAAACUUCUGUCAGUGAGAGAAAUAAUCAACGAGGUGAUAGAACAACCGAAACAGAACAGGUAGAAGCAAGUCAGACCGAACGAACCUUGAAUCAACGUGUUGCAAAGGCAGAAAGAAAUACCAAUCGACAAGCUAACGAGAGAACGCAAAGACAGAGUUAA